UCUGCCUUUUGUGCGCACAAGUUUAUUCUGCGUUUUGUUCUCAUAAUGUCUUUUUAAUUUGCUGGUCUAUAUCGAUAAUUUAAAAACGGUAUUUGAAUGCAAUUACAUGUCAAGAAUAUCAAAAUAAUACCAUAAAGUUCCAUACCUAUGAACCUUGUUGCACAAGUUGAUGGAAUGUAAGGACUGUAAGGACUGCUAAUUCUGGAUCUGAAUCCUUAGUUUUUGUUUUCUGUCUUCUCUCCUGAAGUAAUUUUGGAUUUGCCACCUAUUAUCCUUUUAAUUACACUGGACCAUGGCGUUUACUUUUGCUGCCUUUUGCUAUAUGCUUUCCUUGGUUCUGUGUGCCUCGCUGGUAUUCUUUGCAAUUUGGCACAUAAUUGCGUUUGAUGAACUCCUAACAGAUUUCAAGAACCCAAUUGAUCAGGGCAAUCCAAUUCAUGCGAGGGAGAGACUGAAAAACAUUGAGAGGAUCUGCUUUUUGCUGAGAAAGCUGGUUCUACCAGAGUACUCCAUCCAUGUCCUUUUCUGUAUAAUGUUCCUGUGUGCCCAGGAAUGGUUGACUGUUGGCCUGAAUGUUCCCCUACUAUUCUACAACAUAUGGAGGUAUUUCCAAAGCCCCACAGACAGCACUGAGUUAUUGUAUGAUCCUGCUUCAGUGAUGAAUGGGGACACUCUGAAAUUUUGUCAAAAAGAAGCCUGGUGCAAGCUGGGUUUUUAUUUACUAUCAUUCUUCUACUAUCUCUACUGUAUGAUAUACACAUUGGUAAGUUCCUAACCAGACGGCAACAGGAAAAAGCUGGAAAAUGGAGAACCCCUUAAAUCAACAUUGCCUUCAGGUGGAAUUAAAUAAAAAAAAUAAAAAAACAGAUGGUGAACCAGUCUUGAAAAAAAUUGACAUCUGAAGAAAAUAAAACCUGGAGGUUCUGGCUGGAGUUUAGUGCUGGGAAACCAGUCCAGCAACUGUGGACUGCGCAUUUGGUCAUGUUUUGUCAAUGUAUGUACAGCUUUUUGUGUUCACAGUACAGAGCUGAAAAUACUAUCCCAUUUGACAAUGUAUCUGUUUCUGUCCAUGCCUCUGUCUGUGACUUCUGGAUUCUCAGUUGCCCAGGUAAUGGCAAUGAUCUUAAAUAAGAGUGUCAGACAACAUUUAGGCCAAGAUUGCAUACUUGCAACAAUGUUUACCACUACUAUAUAUUUUAAAACUGAUGUUGUCAAAAUAUAUUUUCCAAGGCAUUCAAUAUAAGAAUAGCAACAGAGGCAUCAAGCCAGAUGACCAGACUUCAGGUCUAGUAAACAUCACUUUUUUAAUGUAUAGCUGUGUUUUUAACUUUAUAUUCAGCUCAUACAGUGAAUACACAAUAAGCAGCUCCUGUGAAAUGUAUGUUUUUGAUACUACUGUAAAAAAAAGUUCUAAUGAUGUUGUAUUAAUGUCAGUAUGGAUGGAAACUAUUUAACUCAAUGUGCAUUGUACAAUAUUAAUAUUUUUAGGUGAUGCUCAGCAAGCAAAGUACAUAUUCAUAAAAAUAAUAAUAAAUUGCCAGCCAUCUGGACUCAAACAUGGAGUAAAUAUUUAAACAAGGUGCCAUUGCUGAUGUAUCCAUUUAUGAUUUCAGUCAGUCUUGCAUUAAAUAACCACCUUUUUUAUAAUACAAAAUAUUACAAAUUUCCAAAAGCAUAGAACCCAAACAAUGGUUGAAGAAUGGUUGAAGAAAAAGUAGAAUAUUAAAAAAUGGUUGGGGCACAACCUCUUCCUUUGGAGCCUUACGGUGCUGCCUGCUAAAAAACAAAGAAUAAAAUAAUAAAUCCAUGCGAUGUGUUCAACCAGGUGAACAAAAAAUAUUAGGCAGAGGAGCAUCGUAUACUCUCCCUCAAAGGAAAGAGAGGCUGAGAAAUUUGCAAGAAAUCCCUAUUAGCUAAAAAUGUGUCACCUUCAUCCCAUUGGACAAAAAACAGUUGUCAAAAACAAAAAUAAUAAAAAAUAUAUAUGUAAAUUAGGACUGUCAAUUAGUCUCACUUCUGCGAUUAAUGUGUUCAUUUUUUUAACGCACGUUAAUCUCACUCCUGUUUUGUCCCUCUUAGCAUACCAUAAUUGAUUUUCUGCAGCACCAUUUUAGUGUAUGCCAGGAUUGAAUAAGUGUCGUUAACAUUUGAAUAUAAAAUUAGCCACAGAACCGCAUUAUGUAGCAAAGCACACCAAACAACCUCUGAUAUGAGCUGUGAUUGUCUGAACGUGUCGGCAGACAGCAAGAGCAAGCCCCGAUUUCCUCGAUGGAAGUGGGCGAGGCUGAGGGGAAUGAUUGACACUUUGUGCUUGCACAGUUCAAAUGAAACAUAUUUAAAUAAACUGUGGCGCAAAAGUACACAGCUCAAAUAAAAAACUUCCGCACCUAGGGUAAAUUGAAUUUAAAUUUAAGGUAUGCUGUUUUGAUGUUAAUAGAUUUGUUUUUUGUUAAUAGGUUUGCAUUAAAUUUACUUUUUGUUACUUUCACCUCUCAUACUUGACAGCCUAAUGUAAAUACAUACACAAUUAUGGCCACCUACACCACCUCACACAUUUUAUUGAAUGUGCAAUACAUAUCAAAAUUAUAACCCCCCCCCCCCCAAAAAAAAAAAUGAUAUCACAUAAUAUGAUAUCUCAUUUUUUAGUGACCAAAGGUAAUAGAGGGAAGAAAAAAAAAAACUAAAAGGAAAAAAUCUCCGGGGGCCCUAGACCUUCAGCCGCCUGCCCUCCAGGCCUAAUCCCCACCCCCCGCCCCAUGAACCUAGUAUAAUUAUUAGUGAUGGGCACCAAUAUCGAUAUUUUUAUAUGAUAUCUAUAUCGUUCGAUAUCGAAAAUAAUUUCCAUGUCGCGAUAUCGUGGGAUUAAAAAACAAAUUAAUGUACGCUCACAGAGACAUACUUUUUAUUGCUAAUACUAAAAAUACAAAUGCAGUAUAAUGAAGUUUAUUUUAUAUUAAGAUACAACAAACCCUAUACAUACCAGUCAUGGUCAGUCUCGUAGGCAAACACCACAAUGUGGUGUAUUCCCAUAAGACAGCAGCAAGAAAUUUAAUGAACCGGAUACUUUAUUAAAAGAAAACAAGUAACUCAAAGAAGCAUAAGCUCCCUGUAAGGCAGCCAUUUUAUCCAGUUCCUCCUCUAACGCAGUCCCAUGUUCCUAUAUGUAAAACAUCCAGUAGAUGGUGCUAAACUCCUUUUUAGGUAUAAGGUUAAGACACAACACACACUAAAGUAUUAUGUAACCAUUCAUUCCAUUUAGGUACUAAACGCCAUUUGCAUGCUGCAUUAAGCACUAUUGGCCAUCCGUUUUUGCAUUAUUUUGAGAUAUGUGCAUGCAUCAGAGGUUCAUUGUAUUUUGUCUAUAUUUAUUUGAUACUGCAAAUGUGUUAUUAUAUUUCUGUGUUUUGGAAGACUUCGAUAUUAUCGAUAUAGACAAACGUGCAAGAUAUCGAUAUUCAAUUUUCAUAUCAUUGCCCAUAUAACAUAUAUCAAAUAUAACAAAGGAUAUGGUAGGGUUGGAUCCUGGAAUAAAGUAAUUCUUUAGGAUGCUGGUUCCAUUGUUGUUGGGCAACGAGAAUGUCUUUAAUAUUUUUACUUAUGUAGAUCUCAUAAGCAUCUGAAGAUCACCGACCAAACUUUUGUACAGGAAUGUUCGCUGAGCAGCUGUGGUUGUAGCUCUAACCCUGAAAGCAUGGCACAAAUAGUUUGAUGAAGAAAGGCCGCCUUUUUGGAGAUCUUGGAGUCAAAAUUAGUGCUAGCAAUGUGAACAGUUUCUCCUUCCCUUAAUUUAUCAGAUUUACUUUGUUUAAGAAAGAUAGAAAACACCCCUUGAACAGCAGCAGGCCCUUGCUAGUUAGCUAGAGGGAGCAGAAAGGGGCAAAUACAAUUACAUGCUUUGAAUGUACAGAAUAUGUGACCUGAGAUUGAAGUUUGAGGUCUAUAUGAACUGCAGCAGGAUACUAGAAGCAGAAAGGGCAAUUAAUACAAUACAAUACAAUAUUUUCGUAUAUAUAACUGAACAUUAUAUUUUAAAUUAAAUACUGGUAACACCUAAAUUACAUAAAUGAAUCAACGUCAAAGAUUCAGAUACACUAUAAAUAGGGCUUUUGAUUUUUGGUUCCCUUUCAAUUCGAAGAUGACCGCCUGUGACAGGGUGGCUCGGCGGUGACGUCACGGCAGAAGCAGGAACGUAAAUAAACUGACACCAGGGACUGCAGUUAAAGUAAGAAAAACGCGGCUGGCCGCCGUUUUUAUUCCAAUACAAAAAAUAAAUAAAAUAUUUUUAACAAAAAGAAACUUGCUCACAGAGCGAAAAAUAAAUAUGUAAACAAAACAAGUCUCGAACACAAAAGUAAAUAAUAAUACAGGUUAGGCUGGGCUGUAGCCUUCACUGUUCCUGUAUCUGUUUUUAAUUUUAGUUUUCACUCUCUCUCGUUCCUGUCGCUUUCUCCGCUCCUAAAACACCCACCCCGAGGGCCGAGAGCUGCAGGCUUUUAUAUUAGUGACCGAGGGAUUACCUGUCUAUUAUUUAAUAAUCCCCCGGUCACAUUCUGCACGGGUGUUCUAAUUAUUCCUGGCAGAGGACGAGCACCAAUCUCGCCUCUGCCAGAAUACGUUUACAUAAAACAAAACAAUAACAAAACCCACGGCGCUCGCCGUCAUUUAAAAUACAUAACUAAACACAGAAAUAAUUACAGAAUACACGGCGCCUCGCCGUCAUAAAUAAUAAAUACAUAAACAAACACAAAAUAACACAGGGGCGGAUGGGGAACCCCCGUUCUGAAAAUAAAUAAACAAAUGAAUGUCCAGGGCACCUCGCCCUGUUACACCGCCAAAUUGAAUACUUUUGGGAUAUGCCGAUAGGCCCUUCCGCGGAGUGACAUCCUCGGUCCCGCCUCACCGAGGUAAUAAAAAGUCACUGAGCGGAGAAUCAGUCUCUUUUACCUUUCACAGACAGGUAGGUAAAGUGAUGAGUAUUACAUUAACCCUUUUUUCCAGUUGCGAUUGACACUUUAGAGCUCCUUCUUUGAGUUUUUGUGAGUUCCCUUGCAAUUAAUUGCUGGAAGUAGGCUUGUUUCGUUUAAAAAAAAAAAAAAAACUUUCUUCAUCAGCCUACAUCGCUCAGCGAUUGUAGCCUGCUUCCUAACCUCUGCAGCUUGCUGCACGUACCUUCUGUUUUUUCCUCUGCUCUUUGCAGGUGUAAAAAAAAAAAAAAGGAGAGACGAGAGACACGACUCUCCAGCGAGUCCAGCCUCGCUCUGCAGCCGCU